CUUCAUACUGUCACACGUACGUAAUCUACGCAACUUCUCUCGACAAUGUCUGGACGUGGUAAAGGUGGUGCCGGCAAAGCCAAGGGCAAGUCAAAGACCCGAUCGACUCGCGCAGGACUCCAAUUCCCAGUGGGCAGAAUUCAUCGUCUGCUUCGCAAAGGUAACUACGCCGAACGUGUAGGAGCCGGAGCCCCAGUCUACUUGGCCGCUGUAAUGGAAUACUUGGCCGCUGAGGUGCUCGAGUUGGCUGGAAAUGCCGCUCGCGACAACAAGAAGACGAGAAUCAUCCCCAGACAUCUCCAAUUGGCCAUUCGCAAUGACGAAGAAUUGAACAAACUCCUGUCCGGAGUUACCAUUGCCCAAGGUGGUGUCCUGCCCAACAUCCAGGCUGUACUUCUGCCCAAGAAGACCGAGAAGAAAGCUUAAAUUUCUUUACCAAACGCUUGCGACCUUCAAACAAACGGCCCUUCUCAGGGCCAACAAAACAUUUAAACAUAGGAAUAUCUAUUUAAUGAACAAUACUAAAUUAAUACUUAACUAAUAUAACUUCUCAUACGCUUGUACACUAAAUUUAAUUAUCAUAUACACGUACAAUAUUGAACUGUUAAUAAGAUAAAUGUACGAGUAGCAGCAGUUCAAUGGAAAGUUCAUAUUUCACAGUUUAUGUAAGAUAAAGGCGCGAUAUCUUUUAACUGGGUAGAAGUGUAAAUAUCGUAGUCCAUUAUAUAUUACGGAGCAUGUGCAAACAUUGAAACAUGACGUAUACGGUAUGGUGACGGUACGUUUCGUGUCGACUUGAAAUUUUUAAUUGAAAAUGCUUUCCUUGUCUUGGAUAUAUUUAUCCCUCAGUUUUCUGACGAACAUGUGAUACCUGCCGCGGUCAGAUAUUAGCAGAAUAAACAUCAACACUCAAUGUAUAAGUAAGUAUUUUAAAAAGCCGAUUAAAUGAAAAUCCUAAAAUUUAAACUACACUGUUAAAUUGAAUAGAAACUUAUUUUUAUAGUUUACAAAUUUCAAAAUUGUAUACCUCAGAAUAUAUCUAAGCAUUAUGAAUUGGAAUGAUUAUCAUAUUAGUGUACAAUCAAUCCAGUUAUUGCAGCUUGACUUUCGUAAUUUUAUAGUAUUUUCUAUCAUAAUAGAUACAAAAAUCAAAAAUAUUAAGCGAACGUACAAUUUCAUAAUUACUAUGUUGAAAAAUUAUAAAUUUUUUCGUCAAUUCAGUUCUCUGCUGUAGGCCCAGAUGGUACAAAUAUUAAAAAAACGAUCAUGCUAUUUAAAUAAGUCUAAAAAUUUUCUUCGACC